AACUACGAAUUAUAUCGUCUUAGUUGAUUUAACUUGAUUAAUUUACUUAAAAAAAUAUAUACACUACUUUUUUUGUUAUUUAAGAAACUAACCUCUACUUGUUUUGUUUCUUUCGUCCGAAAAAUAUUAUGAUAUAAUAAUCAAUAAAUAUGGAAUAUAACGACGUAGAUGACGAAAUCGAUGGUUUAAUACUAACUAUUCAAGUAAAGAACUUUCUUUGUCAUGAUAAUUUAAUUAUUGAAUUACACCAAAACAAUAUUCAUUGGGUGUUUGGCCGUAAUGGUAGUGGCAAAAGUGCGAUUCUUACAGCGUUAAUCGUUGGUCUCGGAGGCAAGGCAGCUGCAACCAGAAGGGGCAACAAUAUUCAAUCGUUCAUUAAAAAAGGUUCCAACUAUGCUACAAUUGAAAUAAAAAUAAAAAAUAGUACCCCCAAGUCAUACAAUCAUGAUAGAUAUGGAGAUCAUAUUACUGUUAUUAGAAAAAUUACUACUGCUGGAGGAUCAAGCUACAUUGUGAAAUCAGCAACAGGAGAAGUGGUUUCAACAAAGUAUGCAGAAAUAAAUAACAUUAUGUUAGCUCUUGAAAUACAAGUAGACAACCCAAUAUCAGUGCUGAAUCAGGACGAGGCGCGUUCAUUUUGUUGGACUGAUUCAAAGAAGUUGUUCUCCCUAUUCAGAAGAGCAACUAAUCUUGAUUAUAGCGAGAGUAAUUACAACAAAGUCCUUGACAACUGUAGAAUGGCUAUUGCAAUCAAAACUGAGAAGGACAGGACUUGUGCACAAUUGGAGAGAGAGUAUAAAAGCUGGGAAAACAAAUACAGACAAUUAUUAUCACGCAAUGAAAUGAAAAUACAAAUGAGAGAUCUAAAAAAAGAGUUAGUUUGGAGUGAAAUUUCUGAGUUACAACUCAAACAGCAAUCCUUGAAUGAACAAAUCGACCUGCAAAUGAGAAAAUGUCAAAAAAUAUCAGAUAAACUUUUGGCGAUGGAGGAAGAUUUUGAGGGCAAUCGCAAUAUUAUUGAAACCCUAAAACAGCGUUUAGAGGAGAACGACCGAGAAAAGACAUCUUUAGAGGCAGAGAAAAGGGCGAUAGAGGAGGAAAUUAGAAACGUGCAGACGAAUCAUCGCACGGCACAGCGGGCGACCGUCAAGAAGCGGGAACAGCUCGACAAAGAGACGAGGAAGAUCGCCGAUUUCGAGCACGAAAUAAGAAACAUCGAGUCCGGCGCGGAGGCGGGGCGGCGGGAGGCGCUGGAGCGGCGCGCGAGCGAGGCGCGCGAGGCGGAGCAGGCCGUGCGCGCGCGCGUGUCCACCGCCGAGCACCGCGUGGAGCAGGCCGCGGCGCAGCACGAGCGCGCGCAGGCGCUCGCCGCGCGCGAGGACGCCGAGCGCCGCGACCUGCUCGAGCGCUUCGAGAAGCUGCGACGGAGCCAGCAGGAGCUGAGGUCGCGCCACGGCGACCCGCUGGCGGCGUGGGGCGAGCACGUGGGCGCGCUGCGGCGCCGCGUGCAGCAGGCCGUCGAGCGCCGCCAGUUCAGCCAGCCGCCCCUCGGGCCCGUGGGUUACUAUUUACGUUUAAAAGAUCAAAAAUGGGGAAAUGCCCUUGAACAUAUUAUAAGUAAUAUGAAAACAACUUUCUGCGUGAACAGUCCAGAAGAUUCCAGAAAACUUUUUGAGAUUAUGCAGGAGGUAUAUGGAAACAAGCCAAAGCCGAGUGUGACGUGCAGUCGAUUCCUGCCGAAGCGACAUGACGUGUCUCGGCGCCGCGUGCAAGCGCAUCCCUGCGCGCUCGACAUGCUCGACAUAGAGAAUCCCGUCAUCGCCAACUUUCUCAUCGACAACCUCAGCCUCGAGACCGUGCUGCUCGUGCCGGAUCAAGAGGAAGCGAUCCGCCAGGCCGACACGGAAGCAAAUGUGCCGCUGAACUGCAGCAAGAUAGUCACCGAGGACUGCAUGGAGUUCUAUCCCGCCCCAAACUACCGCAGCUACGGAGGAGAUCCCCGCCGACUCGGCCACCACUACCUGCACCUCAGCACGGAGGACGGCGAACGGCGGCUGCGCGAGGCGGUGGCGCGCGCGGAGGAGGCGCUGCGCUCGCAGACGGAGCGCGCGCGGGCGGCGCGGGGCGAGGAGCAGCGCGCGGCGCGGGAGGCGCGCGAGGCGGGCGCGGGGCUGCAGGCGCUGCUGGCCGCGCGCCUCGAGCGCGAGCGCGAGCUGCGCGCGGCCGAGCGCGCGCGCGACCUGCACCGCAGCCCGCAGCACGACGAGCUGGAAAAGGAACUCGACGUGACUAAGCAGAUCGUGGAAACUCUCCGAGUAGAAUUGAAGGAAACCUCGACGGCGGAGAACAUAUAUGUGCAAAAAAUUGGCGAGCACGAGGCAAAAUUGAGGCAGAUCAAAACGAAACUCGCCGACCUCACUGAUGUCUCUAGAAAACUUUAUGAAGAAAUCACUCGGGAACAGUCUAAGGUCGAUAAUAGAGAGGCUAAACGUCAAAAUUAUGAACGUAUAUUGAAAGAGCAUCAAGAUGGUCUCGUUCAGAUCAGAGAUCAAUCGACGCAACAGGAAGCCAAUAUAUCAGAGAAGGUCAACAAAGCCCUCGCCACCGGAACCAGGGUCGAUAAUCCAAGGGAUCGGAGAACUAUACAAGAGUUGCUGCAAGAAACGAGAAUAAAACUGAAAGCCGUCGACAGUCUGACGCUGGACAUGGAAACAGUGAGCACGGAGAUGGCUCGUGCGGAAGAGGAAUAUACAAAUCUCAAAGAAUUGCUCACGAAGUUUAGCGAGCUCAUUGAAGAGACGCAAUCUUCCAUCGAUGCUCGCUUAAAGUUCUGCUACCAACUGGAGAUACAGAUUACACGCCGGGUGCAGUUCUGUUUCGGGUCCAUUCUGGCCGCGCACGGCUACAACGGCCGCAUCGAGGUGAAGCACUCGUCGGGCGAGCUGACGCUGCAGCUGUCGGGGCGCGACGGCUCGCGGCGCACGCAGGGCGCGGCCGCGCUGUCGGGCGGCGAGCGCUCCUACUGCACCGUGGCGCUGCUGCUUGCGCUCUGGGAGUGCGUCGAGCUGCCCUUCUACUUCCUCGACGAGUUCGACGUGUUCACGGACGCCGACAACCGCAGGAUCAUGAUUGAACUACUGCUGGACUUUGCGCGCCGGCACCCAUCGCGCCAGUUCGUGUUCCUGGCGCCGGAGCUGCCGCACGCGCGCGCGAUGACGUCGGAGAGGCCUCUGGAGCUGCACCGAUUGGAGGACCCCCGGCCAUAACUUGUUUGUAAUUGUGAAUGUCAUUAAAUCUACAAGAUUAUAUUUUGUGUCGAUUUGUUUUUUUAUUUUCUUUUUAAAUAAAAGAUCAAUUAAUCAUCAA